UAGUGUACAGGUGCAGAGGGCGUGGUCGGAGCGGGGCUGAGGCAGACAGCAGAGAGGCAGGCAGAGCGCAAGAAAGACAGAAGGAGACGGCGGGGGGAUGUGCGCGUGUUUGUAGAACACAGCGCUGCAGGUACAGCGACAGACGGCGGAUUGUGCUUUCCGUUCCAGCCCUGGAACACCAUCCCCCAAAUUCCGGAGAUCCCCCCCUUCCCCCUGCGAUGUCUGGCGGUGAAGUGCGGGUGCUCCGCCGAGAGGCUGGACAGGAGAGCCCGAGGAUGCCGGCCUGGAAGAGAGAGAUUCUGGAGCGGAGGAAAGCAAAAGGCGGCGGGACCGGAGCAGGUGCAGCGGAGCCGUCCUCGAGCGCGGCCGCAACCCGGCUUAAUGGAGACGUAUCGGGAGAUAGCGGUGCCUCUAAAAACAAAGAGAGUGUGUCCAGCGCCAGUUCAAACAGGAGCUAUACCAUCACUCCGGCAAGCCAGCACUUCGCGGGGAAGCAUGGCAGCGCCUCCGCCUCCCCGGAUCUCUCCCCAGUGAAAUCAAACAAAGACCCCUGGAUUACGAACGACACUGUCGACGCGGAGAAAACCGGCAGAGGACGCGGGGGUGAAGAAGAAAGCCUGGUGCUGCAGGACAGUCUUGGCCCGUUACAGGAGAACCCAUUCAUUAAACUGGAGAAGGAGCGUAAAAGGCGACAGGAUCGCGAGAGCGCCGCUCGGCCGGUUCAGCAUAUAUUGGAGCUUUACGGCGGCGUUCCGGGCAUCCGGACUAUCCGCGCGGAGAACAUCAUUAUAAUAGAGUCUGACCCCGAUUAUUUCCCGGACGGUAGCGGCAUUAAAAGCGGUGCCAAGCUGCAACAGAACGGCACCGUCGGCAGCUACAGUUCCCUGAGUGACCUGGUAGACAGGAGAGGCAGUGCUGUGACCGAGAUCCGCGCCAAGGAGGUGGUCAUUUACGAUUCAGCGCUGAGCAAAAGCGAGGAGAACCUGAGCACGCUGGGCCGCCCGGGCUCCGAGGACGCGCUGGACCUGGGGCAGACCCAGGGCAGGGUGAGCCGCAUGCUGCAGAAGUUCGACCGCAACUACGGGAAGCUUCAGCCCAAGUCGCGCAGCACGGAGAACCUGCUGGACCUGGAAACCGGGCCGGUCAGGCCCUGGGCCCGGCCCAAACCGCAGCCAGAUCAUCAGGUGCCAAAGUCCACGCCGCCGCUGUGCCGCUCGCCGGCCCACAGUCCAGACCGCGCAGAGUCUGGCUCAGUCUUCCAGAGCUCCUCGUCUUCCAAGCCCCACUCCGAUUCCUCUCCGGAGGGGCACGCGAGCGACGGCUCCCCCGCUGGGUCCCCCCAGUCCGUGUCUUCCUACCGGCGGCACUUUGAGAAGGGCGGGGGGAGCGCCGCGCCGGCGAACCACAGGGAGGCGGCAGAGCGGUUCCAGACCCGGCCGCAGAGGCCGCGGGAUUGGCCGACCGCCGCCGAGGGCUCCUCCAGUCCCAGGGCGCCGCGCUCUCCGCCGGAGAGGCGCCGAGCCGCCGCCGCCGCCGCCUCCCCGUCCCCGCCCCCGUCGCCUCCCUCCCCCGGGUUCGAGAUCCGCCCCUCGCCCCGGCCGGACCUGUCGGCGCUGCCGGCCGGGGACAUCCAGGCGCGCGCCCUGGCCAACCUGCGCCUGCAGUCCCGCAACUCCUUCACCGUCAUCCCCCGGCGGCGCGCGGGGGGCGCGGCCUCCCCCGGGAGCACCGCCCCCUCCAGCCCCGUCCAGUCCCCGACCCCCGCCGUCCCGAGGGCGCCGACGGAGCCGCCGGCCGCCGCAGUGCCAACCCCAACCUUCGCCGUGUCUCCGCCCACGCCCCCUACCGCCAAGAAGCAGGAACGGGAAACCGCGGCGGGACUAGCCAAAACGGAACUGUACGAACCGGACGCCCCCCUGGUGCCCGUGUCUCCUUUUCCGCCCUCGGAGCCCCCCCUGGACACCCCCCCGAAGUGGGCGGCGCCUGAACCCGCCGCGCCCGCCGCGUCCUCUGACCACCUACCCGUCACCAACAUCGACGACAUCGAGGUGGAGGCGGGGCAGCCGGGCCCGAGCCCCAUGGUGCAGCGUCGCUCGGGGAACACCUUCACGGUGGUGCCUAAACGCAAGGCCGACCCCCAGCCCGCCCUGCCCGAGCCCCAGGAAGCAGGCCUCCAGACCCCCUCCACGCCACCCCAGGCCCCCUACGCCCAGCUGGGCACCCUGCUGAAGAAGCGCUACCCCGCCGUGGACGAGAUCGAGGUGAUUGGCGGCUACCUGUCGCCUGGCCGCUCCUGCCUCUCCAAGGCCAGCUCCAGCGGGAAAAAGCUGAACAUCUCUUUCAACGAGUCGGCGAGCACCUUCGAGUACCCGUCGGAAAGCAGCCUCUGGGACAGCGAGGAUGAGGAGCGGGAUGGGGAGGAAGAGGAGGACAUGCAGCGUGGAGAGGAAGAGGAGGAGGAGAAAGGCGGGGGGCGAAUGGUCAUCCCCCGGGUCAGCUACACCAGCACCCCAACGGACAGCACCAACGGCAGCGAUCUGUCCAGUUACACUCCCAAGAACUCUGUGGAUUUCAGUGCCUGGCAGGAACACAAACUUGAUCAGCCGUCGUUCCCGGGGGACUCAAAUUCCCAAGGCGCAGAAGUGUCUUCAGAGGAAGUGAUGCUCACCCCGGCCGACGGCUCCUCCCUGUCCGAUUUCAGCAGUGAACCGGCGCUCUACUUCUGACCGGGGCGGGACCGG